CAUAGCCUUCUAGUGCCAUCUUAUGGAAUUAUACAACUAUGCAUUUUUAGUUGCUUUUUGUUGAUCGAUGGCUUUCACCCCACACAGCGCUGCGCAAUAAAGCAAACCCAUUUAUAUAUUUAGCUGUAAAGCUGUCGUCACGUCGUAUUUAACAACUGAAAAUGCAUGAACUCAGUCACAGAGUUCAUGCGUUCGGACUUAGUUUCGCUGUGUGGGAAAUGCAGGUUCCCACACAGCUCAAUAAUAUAUAAGCGCGUCUAUUAUUGAGCGGUUAAAGCGGAUGCAACAGACACACGUGACUCAUUUAUUUCAGCGCAUUCACUUCAAGAGAUCAGUUGCGUGCGUUUCUCCUGGAAAGCGAAAACAUUAAGGACUAACAUGGUGACCUUGGCAUUACUAACACUUCUACUGAUCAUAGAUGGUCUUGCACUGGGACAAGCAACUGUUGAUUCUAUAGAGACACGCUUUGUUGGACAGGAUGUACAUUUACCUUGCCCCUGUUCUGAUGAGCAUACAAAACUGGUGUGGCAGAAUGAUGACAGAGUAGUGAGCCUUUAUUCCCAAAAAGAAAGCGACAAGGACUACAUUGACCAGUCCUACAGGGACAGGGCUCAGCUAUUCCAGAAUAAGGAGAAGAGAAACUGCACCCUGCAGCUCCUCAACUUGUCUGUCACUGAUGCAGGGCUGUACAUAUGUUAUGCUCUAGUCAGUGUUGGUAAAGGAAGCUCGAAAAUGGAGCAGCUGUCUAGAGUUAAUCUAACAGUGUCUGAUUAUAAAAAAACAAAAAACCUUGAACAUGACCAAACUGCAGAACGUGACACAGCUUUCUCUGUUGGUGUUCCCAUACUGAUAGUAGUGCUAAUACUAGCUGUUGGCCUGCUUCUAACCCUACUGAUCAGAAGGAGACAUCUGAAAAACAUGCACACCACCACAUAUUCACCAUCGGAUUCUAUGAUUGUGUGAAGAGAACUUGCUUGAAAGUAUCAUGGACUAAGUUCUAUGUUGUAAUGCAAGGUUGUUCACUGUGACAUCAACAUGGUGUAUAUGAGGCUGGAAUGUGACCCUUUAACAAUGUCUGGGCAUUGCAGAGUGGUGCGUGCUGAUCAUACUUCUUGUUUCUUGAGAAAUUAUUUAAAUAACUCUGAAAUGUGUGGCCUUUGGUGAGAUUACCACUCAAGGUAUUUGGGUGCGGUGGGAGGAAUAACACACUGUGAAAAUGCAGCUUGUUAGCAUUGCAGUUUAUAAAUCGGCAGGAUUUUCCCUUUAGGAACUGUCUUCUGUAAAUCUUUAUUAAUUCUUUGAAGAACAGGUUUAACAGGCAGGGAUGGUGACAAGUGCAGUUUAUAUUUUCUCUAUUCCUCUCUAAGUGUGAACAUACUGUUUUGAGACAGCGGUGGUCUCAACUUCAAACAGGCUUUUCAAAUGUCUUUAUAUAUUAUUGUUCAAAUGUUGUAUUGCAAUCAUUUAAUAUGUACACAUCAUUAAGGCUUCUUUAUAUUUACUCUUGUGUGGGUUGUUUUGCUUAGUUGUGCUGAAUUUCAUUUAUAUGGAAGAAAUGUAUGGUACUCCCUAUGGGAUAUAUUUACUUUUAAAUGAAUUGCUAACUGCUUCAAGCCUGCAGAAGCAAUAAAUCUUUUACAUUUUUCUAUAUGUAUGACUUCUCUCCUUCAUUCCACUUUCUCACAAUGCUGUGCCGAAGCUCAUGUAGAGCUUGUUCAUUACUAAUGUUUUUUUUUUUUUAAAACAAGACAUUAAUGGGUAAUCCCUCAUUCUGUAUGAAUUCAAUAUAGGUACAACAAGAUCAUUUUCUCUACUUCACCGGGUUUUUGCAUUAAAUAGUAAUAGAGAAGAAAACAGAAGUAUGGAACUAAAGUUGUAAAUUAAAGAGAUAUACUGUAAGUGAUAAGAAGUAUACAAAAGUACAAGUAGUAAAUAAAGAAAGCUGACCAAAGCAGCGCAAAAUAUGAUGAAUGUGUAGUAAAUUAAACAGAUGUCGAGGCAGUGCAAAUAUCAUAUUUUGCAAUAUUGUGUGCCGAAGUUUGGUAAAUCCAACAUAAACCAGGGCAUUUAGCAUAGUUUGGUUUAAAUAACAUACUAUUCAAGUAAAUUUUCCUUUAAACUGAAGAUGUUUGAACUCUCACUUGUGUUGUGUAUUGUUAAAGGUGUACUCCCAUCCACAUCUCCACAUCCAGCCAGUUAUGCAAACAACACAGCUGGUUUUAAUCGGGCACCAGAGCAGAACUUUUGUUUCUUCUUUCACAAUUUCUGCAUCAUUUACUCUGACAUGCUUUCAGCUUUUAAAUGAAACUGCUACUACGAUGAACUGACAACCCUGGGUUGAAUAAAGAAUCUUUAUUCAGAUUAAGACUGAUUUUAACUGCUGGAACUUCUAGUACUAUGUGAUCUAGAGAUAUCUUCCAUUGAUGUAAAACAUGACUGUUCAAAACACUGUUUUAUAACUCACUAUGAUUACAGUUUUACAAUUUGCAAAGUGUUUGUGAGAUGUUAAAGAUUACAAAUAUUUUUACUUUCAAAAGAGUUCAAAGCUGAAUGCCAAAGGACACUUCCUGGUAGUACUUGUAAUGAGGUCAAGAAUUCAGUCUCAGUGCUAUAAAUUGUAACUUCCUGAAUUUUCAUACAAAACCAAUGCGAUGAGGUUUUAAAUCAUUCACAUUAGUCCAAUAAAUUUACAGUCAAAUGAGAGCGUGAACAAGUCUAUUAGAGUUCUAAUAGCUUUUUUCAUGUUAUAGUUGUUUGUGUUUUGCAUUAAACAUUUUUUUGCAGAAGUAGGUGACAGGUGGUUGAAGAUGUGUUCAA